AUGACCAUUGAACUCAAACAUGUGGAAGCUGAUGAUCCCUUUCAGGUCACUAUUAUCUAUACUAAGUGUAAACCUUCUAUGAGAAUUCCUCUAUGGCAAACUUUGAGAUUGAAAUCCACCAGUUGUUCUGUUCCUUGGUGUGUCAUUGGUGAUUUCAAUGUUAUAGCCUCAGUUGAAGAGAAGAUUGGUGGGCUCCCUUAUCAAAUGAAGAAGUACAUUGAUUUUCUCAGCAUGAUUGAAGAUUAUGGGCUUGUUGACCUUGGUUUCUAUGGUCCAAGAUACACAUGGUCAAAUAGUAUAGGCCCAUGUUCAAUAGUUUGUAAAAGACUGGAUAGAGGUAUGGUUAAUGACAAUUGGCUAAGCUCUUUUCUUGCCACCACCAUUACCCAUCUAGCAAUAGCUGGUUUUGACCACUCUCACCUCCUUUUAGAACUUCAUAUGAGUGCUAUGUGGAAAUUCCACCAGAAAUUGAAAACUACCUCUAGGGCACUAAGUGUCUGGUCAAGAGAACAAUAUGGUGACAUCUUUCAACUACCCAAGGAAUUUAAACAAAAGGUUGGGGAAGCUGAAGAGAAAUGGUUAUCAACCAAUGAUCCAUCUGAUAGAGCUUCUCUUCAUGAGAUUCAAGCCCAAUAUACUAAAUAUUUGAAGACUGAAGAAGUUGUUCUAAGGCAAAAAAUACAGCUUCACUGGUUCAAAUAUGGUGAUGCCAACUCCAGAUACUUUCACAACUUAAUUAUAGGAAGAAGAAGAAAGUUGUACAUUCAUAAACUCAAAAAUAAGGAAGGGGAUUGGAUACAAUGGGAUGAGGCUAUUGGUGAAGCUGCUUGUGAAUUUUUUGAAGAGAUCCUUUCUGAAACAGAGGGGGUGAUAAAAGAAGACCUUCUUAAAUGUAUUCCCAGCAUGAUCACCCCUGAAGAUAAUGUUGAACUCAUCAAUGAUCCUACCUUACAGGAACUCAAAAAGGGAAUCAAAAAGCCAAAUACUGGUGCCAAUGUUGGGAUCACGCUUGAUAUGGACAAAGCUGAUGACAGAGUCUCAUGGGCUUUCACUUGCAUUAUAUUGAGAAGAGUAGGGUUCUGUGAGAUUAUCAUUGACAUGAUUUGGAGGACAAUGUCCAACAAUUGGUAUUUAGUUUUUGUCAAUGGUACCGGAUAUGGUUUCUUUAAGUCUACCAGAGGUUUGAAGCAGGGGGGUCCUCUAUCCCCUGCCCUUUUCAUUAUUGGUGCUGAACUCCUGUCAAGAAUGAUCAACAACCUCACCCCUAAUCAAUUUUUCAAUGGUUUCUACAUGGAAAAGAGAGGUCCACAGGUCAACCAUCUUAGCUUUGUAGAUGAUAUUAUCAUCUUCACUUCAGGGUGCAGAUCCUCACUCCACAAAAUCAUGAAGAUUCUAAGUGAUUAUGAAACCACCUCUGGCCAAAAAAUUAACAAAAACAAGAGUUAUUUCAUGGUUCUAGCCAGUGUUUUCCAUUAUAAUGUGAGCAGAAUCCAACAGAUAACUGGAUUCACUAGAAAGGAAUCUCCUAUCACAUACCUGGGGUGCCCAUUAUACAUUAGAAGGAAAAGAAUCAUAUACUUCAAUGGUCUAAUAUCUAAGGUGAUGGGGAGAAUUAGAGGCUGGCAUGACAAGCUGCUUUCUUAUGGAGGCAGAGUUACCCUCAUCAAACAUGUCAUGCAAUCCCUUCCCAUUCAUUUAUUUUCAUUUGUUUCCCCUCCCAAGACAGUUAUGAAACAAAUUGAAAAGCUGGCUUCUCAAUUUUUCUGGGGUGUUGAAAAAGACAGAAAUAAAUAUCACUGGGCUUCAUGGUCAAAAAUGGCAUACCCCUUGAAAGAAUGA